GAUCUUUAUGCAGGUACAAUGGGGUGCGUCUGUAGCUCUGAAUAUGAAGAUGACUGGAUGGAGAAUUUUGAUAUUUGUGAAAACUGCCAUUUGCCACGGGAAAAGUCACAAGUGAGUAUGAUACUACUUGAGAUGAUCACACGAUAUGAUGUACAGGAUCCACUGGUUUCUUAUAUGUCCCAACCCCCUCCAAGUUCUCCAUCUCACGAUAACCAGGUGGUAGGUUUAUAUGACUAUGACCCUGCUCAUGAUGGCGACCUUGGCUUUAAGGCUGGAGACAGGAUGCAGAUUCUGGAAUUAAAUGGUGAGUGGUGGAAAGCCAGGUCACUGUGCACAGGAGAAGAGGGACUGAUACCAUACAACUUUGUGACAGCUGUAAGCGGAAUAGCCUCGGAGUCCUGGUUUUUCAAGAACCUCGGUCGGAAAGAUGCAGAGCGUCAGCUUUUGGCUCCAGGAAAUCAGCAAGGAUCAUUUCUUAUAAGAGAGAGUGAGACCAACCCAGGAUCUUACUCUUUAUCUGUGCGAGAUCUUGAUCAAAAUCACGGAGAAGUAGUAAAACAUUACAAGAUUCGGAACAUGGAUGAUGGCGGUUUCUACAUUUCUCCGAGAAUAACUUUUAAAACCAUUCGGGAACUUGUGCAACAUUAUUCAGGUUCCUUGGAUGGCCUGUGUACAUUGCUAAAAGAGUCGUGUCAAACUCACCGUCCACAAAAACCCUGGUGGGCUGAUGAAUGGGAAAUCCCUCGCAACAAACUGCAACUUGUAAAAAAACUAGGUGCGGGCCAGUUUGGAGAAGUGUGGAUGGGGUAUUAUAACGGACAUACGAAAGUUGCCAUAAAGAACCUUAAACAGGGCACCAUGUCACCAGAAGCAUUCCUGGCUGAGGCCAAUCUUAUGAAACAACUACAGCAUCCCCGACUGGUCCGAUUACAUGCUGUGGUGACCCAGGAACCUAUUUAUAUUGUGACAGAAUAUAUGGAAAAUGGGAACUUGGUCGAUUAUUUGAAAACAACACAAGGCCUCAAACUAAAUGUAUAUAAACUUAUAGACAUGUCAGCUCAGGUGGCAGAAGGAAUGUCAUUCCUGGAACGCAAAAAUUACAUCCACCGUGAUCUGCGGGGAGCUAACAUCCUGGUAUCAGAGACCCUGUGUUGCAAAAUUGCAGAUUUUGGGUUAGCUCGUAUAAUAGAGGACAAUGAGUACACAGCCAGAGAAGGUGCCAAAUUUCCCAUAAAGUGGACAGCUCCAGAAGCAAUAAAUUAUGGGACAUUUACAAUUAAGUCAGAUGUAUGGUCAUUUGGUGUCCUUCUGACUGAAAUCAUCACAUAUGGGCGCAUUCCAUAUCCUGGUAUGACAAAUCCUGAAGUGAUAGAUUAUCUUGAGCGUGGAUAUCGCAUGCCACAGCCUGACCAAUGCCCAAAGGAACUUUAUGAGUUAAUGGUUCGGUGCUGGAACGAACGUCCUGAAGAAAGGCCCACCUUUGAAUUCCUUCGCUGUUACCUUGAAGACUUCUUCACAGCUACAGAGGGCCAGUAUCAAGCACAGCCUUAACAAAGCAUCCUUUAAC